AUGAUACGACGGUCGUGAGCUUACAGCCGGCCCUAUAACUGACACUGGCGGCACGAAACAAGUCCAAAAGCUGGUGCGUUCAUUUCUGUCCAGUGCUGCGGACCAUCUGAGCAAAAAUCAGCAGCAUUUGGCCCCUGUCAUCAUAACCCAGAGAGCAGCAAGCCACCAUGCGGGCCGCCUGCACGCUGCUGCUGCUCCGCCUCGCCGCCGGCCUCAAGCUCGGCGCCCUCUUCGGCGCCAAACCUCGAACAAACGACGACAUGCGCGGCCUGAGCUCGCUGGCCGUCAAGGGCGUCUGCGCCCAUAGGUGGGCGCACAGUACAAAUGACGCGCAUGCGACGCUGGCGCCGAUCGCCCGGGCCUUCGACGACCUCAAAAGCAACUACCGCGACGCUUUAGUUCCGGAAUUGGCACCACCUGCAGCCAGCACGGAGCUCCGCGUGAGUGAUGGCGGGUUUCACUGCUACGCUGCUGGUCAGUAUCUCGGCGUCCCGCGGUGCUGCGGCGCCUUCACGCCAUCGACGCGCGUCGUCUCCAGGAGAGGAGGUCGUGGACCGCGUCGGGACCGCGAUUCGCGCAGGCACGACCAGGGCCAUGCGCUGGCUCUAUGCUGCUGAUAGCGAGACGUUGGACCUCUUCCGGCCCCUCGCACAACAUUUUCUGCCGGCCAUGGAGGCGUCCGUCUACAGCGGCGGAUGGGAAGCGGAAAAUAGUGUACAACUCUCGGCGGCGAGCUUCAUCUCCAUCGUCGGUGCGAAAGCGGGCAUCACCGACGACAUCGCGCGGUGGCACGAGGACUGGGGCCCGUGCCAGGACCACGAGGCCUUUUCUGUACUCUUACCUCUCAGAGACACUCGGCCGGCGCCGGACGCGUAUCGGUUAGAAUAUCGGACCUGGGAUUGUAUCGACGAGGUGAAGGUCUACGACUAUGAGCUGGGCGACGCUAUAGUUGUGGAUGGGAGGGCGCCUCAUAGAACCGCGCCGUUUUCUGCCGGUGACUUGGCAAAAGUGAACGGUGAAAGAGUGCUGGUCUGCCUCAACUUCGCUUCUACUCAACCGUCGGCGCGGCCGGCCCAGAUUCAAGUGAUGGAAAGCCAGACGCCGCACUUCUAUGAACUGGCUCCGUCAUGACAAGUAAGACAAAAUUAGCACACA